UGUAGACCUCCGGCUUGCACAGGCAAAUUAAUCAAUGGGUGUGACGUGGGCUGUAUUCCGUACGGGGCACUGCGACUGCGAUUUGCCCGGAUACGUACGUGUUCGUUCGAAAAGUCUUCUGAGGCCGAAAGCCUGAAGGCUCGAAACCGGCUGAUGUUACUUAAAUCUUUGCCUCCAAGAAGGAUUCAACACCAUUCCAGUAUUCCUGGAAUGUGGCUACGUUUCUAUUAAUCAAAAAUGACUAACCUUAACAAAUUUUGCUCAACUAGUGCUUUUAAUUGGAUUCUAUAAAUGUACAUUAGCUUAAUUCGAGUCGGGUGACUGCCACAUCGUCACAAUUUUUUUCUUUCUCAUAUUGAGUGUCUAAUUUGUUAAUGAUGACUUGUGAUUUGGCCAUGACUUCCGAAGUGCACUACCAUGAUCAAGGGCAAGCAAAUGGGACAUAUCAUUUCAAAAUCCUGGUCCCAUCAGUUGCUGCAGGAGCCAUCAUUGGAAAGGGGGGAGAAACCAUCGCUCAGUUACAAAAAGAGGCUGGUGCUAGAGUUAAAAUGUCUAAAGCAACGGAUUUUUAUCCGGGUACGACGGAAAGGGUUUGUUUGAUCACCGGAAGUGUGGAAGGUAUUCUUCGCAUUCAUGAGUUUAUUAUGGAAAAAGUUAAAGAAAAACCUGAUCCAAAUGCAAAAAUGGCAAUAGAUUUCGAUCAUAAACAGCCUGCUGAGAGAGAAAAACAAGUAAGUUUGAACGUUAAAAUACUGGUUCCUAACAGUACUGCUGGAAUGAUAAUUGGAAAAGGUGGUAGUUAUAUCAAACAAAUUAAAGAAGAAAGUGGUGCUUAUGUACAAAUAUCUCAGAAGUCCAAGGAUCAUGCCUUAGCAGAACGUUGUAUUACUGUGAUUGGUGAAAUGGAUAAUAAUAAAACUGCCUGUCAUAUGAUUCUAGCAAAAAUUGUUGAAGAUCCACAAAGCGGUAGUUGUUUAAAUGUUAGCUAUGCUGAUGUGACUGGUCCAGUAGCAAAUUUCAACCCUACAGGUUCUCCAUUUGCCAAUCCUGGUAGUGUUCCUAGUGGUGCUAUGAAUAACAGCAACACCAGUUACAGUUCAAAUGGCAGCUUAAAUAGCCUCAGUCCUACUGUAACCAACAGUUUUCACAGUCCUCAAGCUGGCACCACCCAUACAGGAAUCGUGCCAUUUCCUGGCAUGGGAGUGAGUGGUCCAACAAUCCCUCCUACUAAUGCUGCUCAGGUAAUUGAAACAAUAAAGACAAUGCUCAGAGGAAAUGGAUAUUCUGAACAAGCAGUAUCUGAAGUUAGUGCAGCCAUGAAUACAUUAGCUAAUUAUGGAAUUUUAGGUCUUGGACUCGGUAUAUUAAAUGGAGUCAAUAGUGCUCCUGUUGUGAGUGGUUUAGGAAUGGGAAUGCCCAAUUCUGCAGCAAGUAGUUGUCCAAUGCCUCCAGGUGGAAUAUCAAAUCAAAGCAUGUAUACAUCUGCGACGGGUGUGCCGGGAAUGGAAGCGGCUUGCACGUCUGUGGCUGCAUCAGGUCCAAUGGGAGUGGGUUCAAGUAUGUUUGGUCCCAUUGGAAGUCUUGGUAAUGGAAUGUCUGGCUUGGGUCUUGGGCCAGGCUUUACUUCACCAACUACAUCUCGCUCGGGUGACCAUUUUCUCGUGAAAGCUGAAGCAGCAGUUUUUGAACCGUUCCGAAGAACCUCUCCUGCUCUUGCAUCUCCAAGUGCAGCUGCCUUACCUGUUAAUAAUAAUUCAUUUGGACUAGGGACAGGUUUAAGUUCUGGGCCUCCUAGUUUGAGAAAAAGUCCCACCCCUAGUGAUCGACAAAUUGCAGAUGCUACAAAAAUCGAAAUAGAAGUUGGGGAAAAUAUAGUCGGAGCAAUAUUGGGACCAGGUGGAAAAGCCCUCGUAGAAAUUCAAAGAUUUAGUGGAGCUAAUAUUCAGAUCUCUAAAAAAGGAAUUUUUGCUCCAGGAACGCGUAAUCGUAUAGUCACUAUAACUGGUCCUUCUAAUGCUGUUAACACUGCUCAGUACCUCAUUGAGCGCCAAAUAGCUGAAGAAGAAGCAAAGCGAGCUCAACAAAAUGCCAUGGGAGUUCUCCGUUAACAAGAACUACAGUUAGUGUUAUCGCCUUCCUCAUCAUAUUUCUUUGUCUAUGGUUUUAUUCCCUCUUCUAUAAGCCUGCAAGCACUUGACGUGCAAAAUUGCAUGGUGGUUAGAAUCCAAGCAUCUUGCUACAGUUUUGAGUGAAUAAAAUUGCCUAUUAACCUUGUUAUCAUAUUGUAAUAUAUAUACAUGAAAGUUUCUAUCAUGUAGGAAAUAAUGGGUAUAAUUAUAGCUGUAUUUGCACUGUUUGUUGCAUAACAGCACAUGGUCUGUGCAUACAAAUGGACUUGAGCUCCAUCAAAAGUGUAUUCCAAGAACUGAUUGUUAUUGUUAUCCUGGUAAUACACUGACCAUAAAGCAGCCAUGCAUGGCUUCAUUAAAAUUAUUAAUUUAGUUUUAUAAAGUUUAUUAGAUUUUGUACUUUUAAGUUUGCAAAUUUUGUUUGUGGACUACGCUAAGCAAGGUCCUUUGAUAAGUUUAUCUUAUUUGAUGUUGAUAUUUGGCUAAGUCAUUUAGUUUUGCUUUGCUUUAAUGUUUAACUUGGUAGACAGAGUUACUUUGUGAUUGGGAGUAUUUUGUUAUUUUGCUUCCAUAUAUAUACAUAUAUCUAUACAUAUAUAUUUUCAAGUAGAUUGAGAUGUGCUAGUAAUCCUAAGUAUCAAGUGAAGGAUUUUCUCAUGUGCAAAUAAAUGAGAUCAGAAAACUUGUUGGCUGUGAUCAGUAUUGCAAUUGUUUUUGCAACAUUAUAGUUUCAUUCAUCUUUCACCUCAUAUAGAGUCACAUCAUAUUAUAGAUUGAAGUCAUAUUCUCAUUAUGCAUUCUUAAUUAAUACUCUAAUCAGAAUUUACUAGGUCAUAAAACUUUCUAUUAUUACUUGAAAUUACAAAUGAUUGGCUGUGAUCAGUAUUGCAAAUUUAUAUUGCAGCAAAUAUUUUUUUGCACAUAUGUAAUAUUAAUCUUUGAUUGUGUUUGGUAUAUCAUGUUGCGGAUUUGUUCAAUACUCUGCUUAGAAUCAAACUAUGUCAAAUCUCAUGAAACAUUUUAAUGUGACAUAAAUCAUAAUUGGCUGUGAUCAGUAUUCAUUUAUUUGCUUAAUAUAAUUUUCCCGACAUUGUGAGCUAUAUUUCUAGUGUUGUCCAACUGUGUUAUAUAAAUUAUUUUUUGUUCUUAGUUUCAAUAAUUUUAUUGUCAUUUGAAAAUUAUAUAUAUUUAUAAAGAACGUUACUUAUAGGAUUUAAUUUGUACAUAAUGAAAUAUGAAGCAGAAUCGUUGAAACUGCUACAGGUAGUCAAAGCAUCUUGAAAAUAUUUUAAUUUAAAUUUUUUAUAGAUUCUUAUUAAAUGUUCUAUUGAAAUGUUUGUUCGAUGCUUUAAAAUGAGUUGCUUUGUGAUGUUUGAAUGAAUGCAGAGUAAAUGUUUAAAUUUUGUGUUGUGCUUUCAUAAGUGAAAAUAUUUGUUUGAACAGUUCCUGAAAUGGAAGCCGAAAAAAGUGUAUAGAGUGAUCAAUGUGAGAUAUAUUUUUCGUGAAACUAUAUUUAAGAGCUAUGUUUUCGAAAAUUUGUAAAUAUUUCUUGGAGGAUUAGUUUCCUAAUUCUCUCCAUCAGUACAAAAACUUCGGUUGAAUGAAUUACAACAGACCUCAGUUCAUAAACUGUGAGCUAAUUCUCAUUUCAUUUGUGACAUACGUAACGAGAUUGCGUUAUUUGUGAGACAUACUGUAAGAACAAAACUUUUAUAUAGCAUUCUCGACUCAACUCAUGCAAUAUUACAUGCGCGAAGGGAAAAUGCAAUUUUGAUACAUCAGAAAAAAUUAAUCUAAGCAAUAACCACUAUAAUCACUUCCAGUACUUGAUCAGUACAUCAAUCAAUCUUAUUUAUAUUUGCAAAAUUUCUAACGGAUUAGUCUUUCUCUGUGGCUUAGAUCACAAUCAAUACUUUAUUAGUCUAUGCAAUGGAUCUAAGCUCAAAAUAAUAAUAAAUUGCAAAUAUUCCAAAUUCACAGGUUGCCUCAUAGCAUAUUAACCGUAAUGGUUAAUUUAGUUUUUAUUAGUAUUGCGUGUAGGCAUUUGUGAUUAACUUGAACACACACACUCAUGAAACCAUAUGUAUACAAUUUUAAAUACAUAUUUCUUUUGUUAUGAAAAUCUGAAUUUUUUAAAUUUUCUUCAAUGAAAUAUUAAGUCCAUUUGCUGCAUUAGAUAUAAAGGGAGAACCUUUCGAAGUUGCCGUAUCAUAUAUAUAUAUGUAUAUGUAGAUAAUAUAUACAUAUAUAUACUUUCGCUGCGCUGAUCGGCUGUGAAUUGUUGAUGAAAUGCCUUCAUUGUUUUAUAUCUUGAUCUUAUCGCACCUCUUUACAUUCAUAAAUGCCAUCAGUGAAACUAUUUAUAAAGCUUCGAGAAAGCCCUAUUGAAGGCUAAUGUUAAAUGUGAUUUCUUUUUAAGAUUUUUCAUACGACCAUUUUGUCACCUUCCUCUUAUAUAUAAAAUGCUACCACCAUCAGUGCUUGUUGUUGUGUGAAAGAAUGUAAGAUAGCUUCAAAGUUGUGGACAUUGUCAUAAGUUCUUUUUUCGGGUCAAGUUAAAAACCUGUACUUAAUGCUGAUUUUCUAGUAUAUUUUCUCUUUUAAGAAACAUGAAUUUUAUUUUCGAACAUUUUAAUAUUUGUACAUUUCCAAAGCUUUUGACAGAUACAAAUUACUGUGAAAAUGUGUGCUGGUUAUGAGUUUUGAGGCUGAGGUUUUGAAUGUGCAUUACGAAUGGUAUGAAAUUGUCAAAAGCAAAAACAUUGCUCAUUGAAAUCAUUUUUUUUUCUUAUGGUUAUUUACCAGAUCUAGUCUUCUAUUCAUUUGCAUACAAGAUCAUGAAGUAUGUAUGAUGUGUGUGGGUGUUAAUGAUGGUGGUGGAACAAGUACCUCUCCUCUUAAAUGCUCAUAGAUCACACAUAUGAACUUGAAAGUAUGCACUCCUGACUUGAAAAAUGUGCAAUGCUUUACAUUUAGCUGAGUAUAUGUGAGACUAAAAUUUUGUUUAUGGUUUUAUAAAGCAUAUUUUGUUAGAAAAGCUGAUUAUAUGAACGUUUUUGACUAUUAUGCAAAAUAUUAUGUAUUAAAAUUUUGAGAGUUAUAUUAUUGUCGAAUGUUCUGUGAGUGUAAGCAGUUUGUUACUUGUCUUACAAGUUAAAGAUUUUGCAAUUAUAUAUAUAUAUAUUUCCUCCCUCCCCCGUUUUUAUUUAUUUUUUUUUUUUUACUUAUUCAUUUGGUUUGAUUAAACUAUUGGAAUGGAAUUUCACAGCUUUUACUGCUGCUAAAAUGAAAUAAAACGAAAUAAAGAUGUAAUGCCCUGCUUUGAUAUUGGAAUUUAUUUUGUGAUGUGUUUUGUUAUGUUUACCCAAUAAUAAAAUUUCUUUAA